CUCGUGCGUCUUAGAUAAUUCGAGAGUUUCAAUAGGUUUGCUUUCCGGAGCUAUGUUUCGCUGAGCUUCCCUAGCAACCUCAAGAUCAUUGUCGUCCAGAAACCGAGUCGCAUCAAAUUGAUAAAGAAUAUAGCAAUGCCGGCCAACGAUGGGGGACUCGGAACCGCCCUCCUUGGCGAAAAAAUGGUGAUGGGAAAUCUAAACUUGACCAUCACGAAAUUGCUUGGAGAGGGUAAGUCGUACACAAAUGAUCGAUGGUGCAUUUUCAUUCGUCUUUGUUCGCAACUAACUCUGUAUCAACAAACAAUUGCCAAACCAUGUCGACUGUAUGAAAAAGGUGGUUUCUCGUAUGUUUAUCUAGCAAAGAAUAGUGACGGUGGAGGUUUGCUUGGAUCACAGAACACGAAUAAUGGAAGGGCGGUGUCUCCACAUCGUGGUGGUUCUAAUUCAGAAUCGAACGACGAAAUCCCUCCGGGACCAUUGGUGCUGAAGGUAACAUCAAUACACUCAAGGUCACAGCGUGACAUUGCAGAGAAGGAAGCAAAGUUGUUAUCGAGACUAUCACAUCCGUCUAUCGUAAAGAUGUAUGUUGCUUCUUACAGAACAGUCACCAAUCAGCAUUCUGGAAAACGUGGGAAAGAAUCGAUGCACAGCGGGAAGGAACGACCCCAGCAUUGUAUUUUGAUGGAGUUCUGCGAGGGAGGCCACGCUCUCGAUGUAUGCAACAAACUGAGAAUGGAGGGGAAACGAUUCGAUCGAAGUACAUUGAUUAUCGCGUUCGGACAGAUCUGCAACGCCGUCAGUUAUCUGCACGCCCAGAGACCUCCAAUAGUACAUCGCGAUUUGAAGCCAGUGAACUUUCUCGUAAAAAAUGGCGCAUACAAACUUUGUGAUUUCGGAUCGGCUGUAUUUGGGCAUGUGGACUUGAGAACCCAGCAGGCUCGUGUCGAAGCAGAUGAGGUCGUUCAAAAAACGACCACACAAAUGUUUCGGGCUCCUGAAAUGGUGGAUCUAUAUGUAGCCAAGAAAUUGACGCAAUCGUAAGUACCGUUCCAUGUUUUGACAUAAUAUUCAUUCAGUUUAUGAUGUCAUCAAAUGCUACUUCAGGACAGUUCUGCGACGAUGCCUCUAACAAGUGGAAUAAUUUUUAUCCAGCACCGACGUUUGGGCUUUGGGGUGCUGCUUGUAUUCUAUGGCUUUCUUGCAAAAUUGUUUUGAGGAGGGUUCAAAUCUGGCUAUACUGUCGAGAAAUUAUACGAUUCCUGAUGACAAUCCAUACGGAGAUGGUUUGGUUGAGCUCAUAGAUAGAAUGUUGACCGUCGACUAUAAAGCCCGGGCAGAUAUGACUGAAGUAAUUUUGUGUUUGUCGGCGGUUUAUUCAGGACGACCGUUGCCUCCAAGAAAAAAAUCUACUCGAUCUUCAAAAUCAGAUGAAAAAGAACAAAACAAGAAUCCUGAAGAAACCACAAAAAAAGACACUCAGAACGAUUCUCGAGUAGGUAAAUUUCGCACUGAUUCCCAGGGAUAUCGCGAUGAGAAUAUCUAUGAUCCGACGAAAGCAAAGGAAGGGAAAAAACUAGCUUCGAACUCGGUAGCAGCUCGAAGGAAACGAGCCGCAGCGUCAUCGGCUGCUGUCUCUGCAGGACAACAUUCGCCUCUGUCGGAUCCGCUGACUUUUAGCUCGAUUCAACAAUCCGGUGCCGAACUCGAUACAGAUGCUGCGUUUUCUUCGUUUGGGGAUCUGGAUCGUAAGUUUUGAUUUCGCUGACUUCAGUUGCAAUACUCAUGCCCAAUAUCACCGAAGAUAGUAGGCGUUGGAUCUCAUUACUGUUUCUCACAUUAUUUUGACACGACAAACAGGCUUCGAAAACAGUAAAGCUGAUAAUUAUUUUUUCGAAGCGUUUGAUGGUGUAAAAGGUAUCCAACAGGGGUCUGGCGCAAAUGAUGGCUUUGAUCCCGACGUGUUUGGAACGACGGGUUGGGGUGACAGCAUUCAGGACAACAUGGAAAAUUUUCAGAGAAUGAAACUGGAUGCCAUUGAUGGCGACAAAUCGAAGGAAGAUAACGCUCAACGCGUAAAAUCCCGGAGGAAAUCAGGAAUGAAGUUCCGAUCAAACCGCGAUAUCGAUGCCAAAAACCCGGGAACUGACGGUGAAAAGAACGAGAGGCGAUCGAGAAAAGAAGGUGACCAGAAAGGUGAAGACGACAAGGAAUAUCGACAGCGUCGGAGAUCAUCUAGUCGUUCGAGAAGGAAGGGCCGAACGCCGCGCCAAGGCAGCGGAAAAGCAUUCGACGAAAAAGAAGGCUUCUCUGGUGAUUCAGAAAAAUUCUCGAAAUUAGGUAGCUUCAGGGCCGUGUUCAACAGAAAACAAGGGACUUGAUGACGAACCGAAAACAAGAACGGUGGGAUAUUGAAAUAGUGAUACAAAUAAGUUUAUUAAUUUCCAUCAAUGAUUUGAUUUUUCCGCAUGAAAUUGCUUUGGGAUUGCAUUGCUGAAACUGCAAUAAAAUCUCAUUAUUGACAACAGCAGAGUACUGAGGAACCAACGCCGAAAUUGAACCGUAAUGACUGAAGUUGCGCACGCGUGAUUACACGUGUAAUCAUUGAAUGAAAUUGGAAGCAAAUAGAGGACAGAUGAAUCCUACUCUCACAUAGACUCCUUGUACAAUACUACAACAACAAACUCCGUACUGUUACAGUAAAUCCUGCUACUAAAUCAAGUGGUGCUGCUGGGACUCGCCACUUUAUUGCAAAUAGAAAGAAAUGCAACCUUGACAUCCUUUGUGUACUUUCUAAUUUUCUUCAGGUCUUUUCUCAGCACCUUUCCAAGAACCCUCUUUCUCAGAUAGUUUGAAGACAACAAAAUUGGGUAUAUCAACUUCCAGCAAUGAGUCAACACAAUGGGUGUUGCUCCAAACUCUGCCAUUUUAUCAGAUUCUUUGAUAUGAUGCUCAUCAUGAGGAUAGAGUACCCCCCUGGAGGCAAUGCUAACCAUUUGCAUUGCUGACAAUACCAUUAUUCUUGUUCUGUUUGAUGAUCUUCGGAACACCAAACCAAAGCCCUAGUAGUAGCAGUAGUAGCAGCAGGAUCAUUAGUCAAGUAGCAAUGGCAAGCAGUUCCAACAAAAUGCCAGUAAGCCUUUCAAAUAGACCAUCCUGUGCCUCCUUUUCUGGUGCAUCACCAAACUGACAUGGAUGUAGAGUGCAGUGAGCUCUGGCUUUCUGAAUGUCAUCUCUCCAUUUUGAUCCAAGAAGGAAAUUGAAAUCAGCUUUGUACAUGUGUAUCACUCAAAGUCUGUGGAGUUUGGUGUUGCCUGUGUCUUUGUAGAUCAUCAGAUUCACAAUGGUUUGCCAGCCCUUGAAGGAGUAUCUGUGCUUGAGUGCGUAGUUGAGAAUGGCAAUGUAGCAGUGGAUGACAGAGGCUUGAAUUUUCUGAAGAGGGUCCAGGACCGUAUCAUCUUGUUCAUGGAUCUCUCUAAAGAGAAAUCUUAUAGUGACAUUGAUGGCGUAGAAGUAGUCUCUUGCCAUUUGGUAAACUUGGUGGUGAAGUCUGCUGGAGAGACCUGGGCGGACAGGGAGUCCAGAGUGGUGACACGGCGCAAAUAAUAGAGGAAAAGUGAAGUAAUAUGGUCAGAGACCUUGUUGGAGAAGUUAGUACCAUCAAGCACAAGUUCUGCUGCUUGGAUAGAUGCACUCCAAUUGAAGUGCGUUUUCAGUGGCGGCUGUGUGAAAGGUGUUUUGUCUGUCUCAGCAAAAUGUUGUUGGUUCCUCAGUUGAAGAAAUUUCUCAAUAUCUGCAGGGGUGAAGAUUGUCACCCAGCAGUCAGUUGGAUCAGUAACUGUUUUUGGGUCAAUCAGGGUGGCAUUUGGAGCAGAUGGAUCAAAGGAUGUCCAUUCUAUUGGAAUCUGGAUCUAUGUAAUGGCAGGACCAGUCUGAACCUGUUGGAAAAAAUGGUGGAGACAUCUAUAUGCUGCAUUCUGCUUUUCUUGUCUGCAAAGUUGUCAUAGACAUUGUGUGCAAGUAGAAUCAGCGGCAUCCAUUGAAAUAUUGGCUUGUUUGAGGAGAAAUAAAUUGCAUCUGUUGGCAGAUUCCUGGAGAAGUAUUUUGAUUUUAAGCCUGAGUUGGUGCAUAUGGAAUUGUUUUUGUGGAACAGUUACAUCAGGAGGGAUAUGAAAACUCACUGUGGUAGCUCUGGUGAGAAGUGCUGUACAACCCAAGUGUUUCUGCUUUUUUGGCUGUAGACAGAAAGUUCUUGUUUCAAAAGAUACAGGUCAACACUCCAGUAAUUUCUUGGUGACACUAGGCAUUUGUUUUCAGCAGCUCUACUACUAGAUUGAAGAAUGUCAACAUCAAGAGCUUCAGUCUCUGCUUGAUCAGGGGCAGAUGAAGAAAGAAACCUGUCAAUUUGAGACUUGAGGUGAUGGACUUGCAUGUAGUCAUGAAAAGCUUGAAGAUAUACUUUGAUUGCCUUAUGGUCCUUGCUUGAAAAGGUUGGGAUGUCACUGGUGGUAUGAGUUCUUGAGAAAACAAUUCUGCAACAUCCAAGUCAAAGUAGAAUCUCCUGUGAUCACCAGACAGUUGGUACUUGAAGGGUUCAUAGACAAAACUGUUUAUGUAAGUGCACAGCUCUUGAGAAACAAGGGCAAAGUCAAUGCACUGUCAUCCUCUGUGAUAUGUUGGGAAAUCAGGAUGAUUAGGAUGGAGGUAAGUCCAUGGAUCAACAAGGCCUAAGUCAGUCAUGAAAAACUGAAUAGUGGAAGAAUUCAAAUCUCCCAUAAGGCAGAUUGAUAGCACUCCCUCAUGAGUAUCCACAGCUUUGGUGAAAAUAAAAAGUGUUCAAGAUCAGAGAUGAAAUGUUGGCAAGGAUUUGGAUCAUCACGACCUUCUUGAACAAAGACACUCUCCUGUUGGUGAAAGACAGUAAACAAAAUUGAAGAACUACUCCUUGACCAUGACCUCUCUGAUUCAUCUGAUCUGGAGCAGGAUGAAUUGGAACAUCUUCUCCAGGACUCCCCAUGCCCACCUCUUCCCAGAAGACAUGGAAACCUUUUUAUCAACUGCAUCUACUUCUAUGCUCUCAUAUUACCUUCGAGUCUACGAGAAAACAAUUCUGGCAAGUGUCACCAAAGCAACACUUGCAUCUGUCUCCAACACCAGACCAAUUACCCAGUACUUUACAUCAUUGCCACAUAGUAAGCAACCACCGGAGAGCGUCACACACGAUUCACUGGUCUUUGACGCCUACUCCAAAAAGAAGCGACACAAACAACCUGCUGUGCCAGAGACUUCUUUGGCUCCUCCUGUCCAUUCUUCCAGUUUACUUCAAACCAAGCUCAGUCAAUACUUUUAAUUCCAGUGAAACAAACCCCUGGUUGCACUUCCAUUAACACUCCUCGGAGGGAAGUGCCGCCCCUUGGAGCAGCUGGGAGCACUCUUUCUAAUGAAAGCUGUGGUUCUGGCCAUAUAGCGCCUCUUCUAGUUCACGAGGUUAAAAAUAAUAUUAAGAUUUUUUUUUUUUUAUCUUCUCCAGGACUCCUCAGUUCUCAUGAGUCCCACUAAAAUUCUUCCUGCUGGUACACACAUGGUUUUUGAUGGUGAUGAAAAAGUACACAACAAUGACCAUGAAGAAGAAUGGAACAACAAUGUCACUCAGCAUCAAUCUCGUUGUAUCAGGGAUGUUGUGCAAUUCUUUGAACAAGUACAAGACUCAAGUCCACCCAAGAGGAGAGGAGGUUAGCUCUGUAUGAUAGGAGGAUCACUACUAGUACUGCUGGAAGUAUCAUUCAUGAUUAUCUCCAACAAUGAAGAGUCAUUUGGUGGGUUUCAUUUGAGGAAGCUGAGACUGGUAACAGUCAAAUACUGUCAACAAAGCUUGCAUUACGGUCAUGGUGACAUGGAAUGGCAAGAAGUUGUUGGGUGAUGAUGCAGAGGAGUGGUCUCCUCCUCCCUCUGUCCAGUAUACAUCACCUGGAGGAGGUGUGACCCCAGGACCCACAGGUGCUGCAAGGUAUACAAUGUAUGUCUGCACUAAUAAGGUGGAAGGGUUGGCGCAUUUAUUCUUGUUCUUGUUUGAUGAAAGAAUCCUUCAGCUGAUAGCAAAUGAUCCCAACCAGUAUACAUUUGAGGAUUGAAUUUGAAAGCUCCACAUGAUCAACAAGGUUCUAAGCCAGAGUGGAUGCCAAAGCUUUCAAAGAAUGGAAAAUACCACCCUUGUGAUUGUGGGAUUUGUCUCUUCUGUGUGAACAAGAUUUCCAGCACAGCCAUUGCUCAUGGAAAGGUAACUUCAAAGCCACAGGAAGAAACAUGGAGUGGCAAGUAUGAAGGAGUGAAGAGAAACUAUUGUGUUGUCUGUGUAGAAGAAGCAAAGCAUAGGUAUCCUAACUCAUCAGUGAAGAGAUUGAGGAAGUUUCCAUGGAUUAGUAUGAAAAUGUCAAGGAAUGGUUGCAGAAGUUGCAAUGUUGUUGUAUGUAAAGAGCAUGCAUUGGAGUAAUUUCAACCAUCAAGUAUAGUGAUGUAUUAUUAAUGAAUAUAUUUAUAUUUGUUAAAAUAUAUUCUUGUAAUAUUGUUUAUAGUGAUGAGAGGGGUGUGACAAGUAGAGUAGUAGUAGUAGCAAAGAAAAGAAAUCCUAAAUUUUCCGGGUGGCAACACGCGACGGGAAAAAGUUAACGGACGUACCCCAUGCGGCACCAGGACAACCACACCCAAAGCAAACGCCAUGGAAACCUAACCCUUACUUCGGCCUACAAAAUCUCUAUUGCCCGCACCACUGAUGCCACCACCAGCGGCACCAGCAACAGCUCCACCAGCGUGAAUACUUAAAAAGUAGAAUUGGAACACCCAUCAAUUUAUUCAUGUUCCUCCUCCCAUUUGUCAACAAGAUCUUUGAAUAGACCACCUUUGGCUAACAGAGCGCUUGGUGUAUCGAAUUCAACUGCCUUUCCAUCCGCCAUCACAAGAAUAUGCGUAGAAUCCAUGAUUGUGUUGAGUCGGUGGGCGACAGUUAGUGUCGUAGAACGAGCAAAUUCGUCGCGGAACACACGCUGAAUGCGAGAGUCGGCUUCGGCAUCAAUUGAUGACGUUGCUUCGUCACAGAUAACAAUGGAAGCACGACCAAUUAAUGCUCUUGCGAUUACGAGGAGCUGUCGCUGACCUGCUGAAAAAUUUCUUCCGUCUUGUUCAAUCUUGUCUUCUAAUGAUUUUAUAGCGAACGAAGAAUCGCCACUCCGAAGUCCCAAACGAUCGAGUAUAUCCAUCAAUUUUUGGUCCGACUGCUGGUUGAAAGGAUCAAUGUUAGUCCUGAUUGUACCCGAGAAAAGAACAGGAUCUUGUGGGAUGACCGCAAUUUUGGAGCGUAGUGUUGUCAACCCCAAAGUUGUGAUGUCGACGCCAUCUAAGAGAAUCUUUCCACCAGCCGGUUCGAUCAGGCGCGUGAGAC